AUGCGCGGGACAUUACCUAGUUACUACAACAAGUGGGGCACUGGGGAUGUGUCCGGCAUUUCAUUUGAUACAACAGGAAUCAUCGAAGUGUGUAUAAGUGAUAGAGCUUUUAAGAGAAUGCGGAAUCUUCGGUUCCUCCGUAUCUACAAAAGCAGAGUUGAUGGGAAUGAUGAUAAAGUGCACAUACCUAACGAGAUGGAGUUUCCGCGUAGUCUAAGGUUACUACAUUGGGAGGCAUAUCCAAGCAAGAGUCUCCCUAGUAGAUUUUAUCCUGAAUAUCUUGUCGAACUUGAUAUGAAGUAUAGCAAGCUCGAGAAGCUGUGGGAUGGUAUCCAACCAAUUGCAAAUCUCAAGAAGAUGGAUUUGCAUGGCUCGGUAGAUUUAAAGGAACUCCCGGAUCUUUCAAAGGCUACAAAUCUUGAGACGUUGGAACUAUCAAUUUGCAAGAGUUUAGUAGAGCUUCCACCUUCUUUCUCGAAUCUUCAUAAACUAAAGAACUUGGGGAUGAGUUAUUGCAUAAACCUGGAAGUCAUUCCAACGAAGAACAUCAAGAUUUUCGAUAUAUCGGAGACAUCAGUGAAAGAUGUGCCUACAUCAGUUACGCUUUGGUCUCAACUUGAGUUUUUCAAUGUCCAUGGCAAUGAACAACUCAAGACACUACCUCAACUCCCCUUGAAUAUAACUUUUCUGUGCUUGAGCAAUACUGCUUUUGAAAGUAUUUCUUGCUGCCUCAAAGGUCUUCGAAAGUUAGCAGAACUUAGACUUUAUGGCUGCAGAAAACUCACAUUAUUGCCAGAACUCCCUCGUUCACUCAGGUACCUUUUAGCACAAGAUUGUGAAUCACUUGAGACCAUAUUUUGCUCUUUGGACACUGAAAAUGCGCACCUCGAUUUCACCAACUGCUUCAAAUUGGACCAACAAGCACGAAGAGCAAUUAUCGAACAACAAUCUUUCGGAUAUGGGUCGUCAUGCUUACCUGGAAGCAAACUGCCUACAGAGUUCGAACAUAGAGCCAUUGGGAAUAAGCUGACCUUUCCUCUUUCUGCUUUCUCAAGUUUUAAGAUUUGCCUUGUUAUUUGCCUUCACCAGCAAAAUGAAGAAUGGUGUGAUGAUCCCCGAGUUUUAUGUCGCCGAGUGCGCAAAGGAUACUUGUACCCCGUAGAGGAUCUUGCUUGUGGUAUCUCCAGAAGCCAAACUAAACAUCUGUUUAUUUUUCACUCUGACUCUUUUGACGAAUACAUAUGGCUAGAAGUUAGCAAAGAGAUAACGUUCAAAUUCAACAGCAAAUACCAAGACUUUGACAUUUUUGAAUGUGGUGUUCAGAUCUUGACGGAUAGAACCUAUGGAAGCAACACUGAGGCAUAUGGCGAUGAAGAAAUUGACAAUAAUAUAACUACGGAUGAUGAUGAAGACGAUUAUUAA